AUGUUCUUCUCAUUCUAUUCUGAUAUUUCCAUUUUAUUCCUAUUAUAUUGUAUACUAAUACAAAUUGAUCGAAUUAACUUUUUACGCGCUGAAAAUACACAAUUGAUACAAACAAAUGAGACAAUUAGGGAAUGCUGGUGUGAGGAAGAAAAUAUUUGCAUAAAAGAACUUGAAUUAAAAUUACAAAAAUGUGUCGAUAAAUGUUGGAAACAAGAUGCUAUUAAGAUAACAACAAGACCUGAUGACUUACGACAAUGUUUUGUUCAGCAAAAGCCAAUUGCUGAUCGUUUGGUUACAUGCAUUAAAUCGAAUAUCAAAUGUUGUGCUGACUCAAAAUACGGGCCACAAAUACCGAAACAGGAUAUCAGGAAAAUUAUUAAUUUAACAGGUGAAAAAUUGGAAGAAGCAAAGAAUAAAAUUAUACAAAAUCCUACACUUCAAUCAAUCCAGAAUGUGUUAGAUGUUGUAUUGGAAAUCGGAAAAUGUGUCAAAGAUUGUUUUAUGGAAGGCGAUGGUCUUGAAGAAUGUUUUGAGAGAUAUACAUGUCAACCAUGUAUACAUGUCAAUCAAAUGCAUGGUACAGCUCGACGAUGUAUUAGGCAUAUAGGAUGGCGAAGAGCUGCUAAAGAAUUAUGCAACUGUACAAUAAAAGCUGGUGUCAGGUAA